UUGUUAUUUUUUUUUGUCGUCGAGAAUGCCGCAACGUUCGCCAUUUGCCAUACAAGAGCUAUUGGGCUUAGCGGUGGCAGCUAAAGUCACUGCCGCAACGAGCAUUGAAACAGCAACUGAUCUAACAACGACAACGGCAACAACAACAGCAGCAGCAGCAGCAGCAGCAACAUUGUCACCGACACCGGCAACAUCAACAACAAUAACUCAAACAGCAAGGCAAACGCCAACACCGCCAAAACUAGCUGUCACAACAACAACAACAAUAACAACGGCAGCAGCAGCAGCAGCAACAACAACAACAGCAGCCACCACAAUUUAUGCUGGAGCCACAGAAACAACAGCAAUUGAGCAGCAGCAGCACCACCAUCACCAAUCACACCACCAUCAGCAACAACCACAUCAUCACUCACAGCAGCAACAGCAACAGCAACAACAACAGCAACAAUAUAGGGAACACCACCAAAUGACCAUGGCAGCUGCCUCCCGAAUGGCAUAUUUUAAUGCCCAUGCCGCAGUGGCUGCCGCCUUUAUGCCACAUCAAUUGGCCGCUGCUGCAGUGCAUCAUCAUCAUCAUCACCAUCAUCCGCAUGGAUCAUCUGUUGCGGUAAUGCCGACAUCGGGAGCCACCCAACCGCCACCACCGCCACCGCCGCCAGGACCUCCAACAGGAGCAUCUGCAGCCGCACAUCAUCCGCAUCAUGCACACCAUCAUCACCACCCGCUGUUGCAGGCCCACGCCCAGGGUUUUCCGCAAUUGAAAAACUUCGCCUCUGGUCCUGUGGGACCUUGUUUAGCUGGCUCAUUGACACCAAAAGAUUUUGGCAUGGACAGCCUUAAUGGCUUCGGAAUGGGAACCAAUAGUAAAAAGAAAAAAAAGAAACGUCGCCAUAGCCGCACAAUAUUCACCAGCUAUCAGCUGGAGAAGCUCGAGGAGGCCUUCAAGGAAGCCCAUUAUCCAGAUGUCUAUGCACGUGAGAUGCUGUCAUUGAAGACGGAACUGCCCGAAGAUCGUAUACAGGUUUGGUUCCAGAAUCGGCGUGCCAAAUGGCGAAAGACGGAAAAGGUGUGGGGCGGCAGCACCAUAAUGGCUGAAUAUGGAUUAUAUGGGGCAAUGGUGAGGCAUUCGUUGCCCUUGCCGGACACCAUAUUGAAAUCGGCCAAGGAUAACGAUGCAGUGGCACCCUGGCUACUAGGUAUGGAACAGAAAUGCAUGCAUCGGAAAUCAAUUGAAGCUCAAUCCGCUCUUAGGGAUGACUCCGGCGUUAGUGAUCACGAAGAUUCCGCUGGAUCCAAAUCGGCGCACUCGGAUGAAUUGCGUGCCCUGAGCUCAUCCACCGAAUCUCUAAAUGUGGUCAGUCCAGCGCCAAGCAGUUGUCCGACAACCGUGUCAACAGCGCCGCCAACAUCGACCACGCCGCAUGGCAGCAGUGGCUAUGCGGCAGCCUCUUCGGCUGCCACCACGCCCACUGGCGGCGGGAAUACCAAUAGCUCGGGCUCACCGCCCAUUGAGAUGAGUUCACCAUCGCCGCAGCAAUCGCAUGGACACUAUAUGCCCAGCAGUGGAGCAGUGGGACAAACUGCACCAACACCAAGCUAUCAUCCUUUGUUGGAUGCAGCCAAUGCGGCUGGGGCGGGGGCAGCUGCCUCAAGCAAAGAUUUCCACUUGAUUAUGAAUACUGCAGUGGCAGCAGCUGCAGCAGCCGCACACCAACAGCAACAACAACAACAACAACAACAGCAACAGGUGACAUCGCAUCACUUGGCUGCUGCCCUAAUGGAGCACGAUCCGGAUGCGUUUAGAAACAAUUCGAUUGCCUGUCUGCGCGCCAAGGCCCAGGAGCAUCAGGCUCGUCUCUUGAACAAUGGCGGUCUCUUCCUGCAAGUGCGAAACUUUGCGGUUGCCCAAGCUCAAGCCCAGUGUGAUAUGCUCAAGAACGAGGAGGAGUACAAUAACAACAGCAUUAAGUCGCCUCCAGUGCCUGUUGGUGGUCCUGGUCAUGGCAAUGGUCCUGCCGCUGCUUCCCCUCAUCCGGCGCUUUCAUCAUCCAUUGCAGUCAGCAAUAGACAUUUGAUUAAAAUGGAGCUAAACUCGACAAAUAGUGAAGAUGUGUGACAUCUAACGCAAUAAUUUAUUUAAUUAUAUAUAUACAUAUAUAGGUAUAUAUUAAAAGAUGCAAUGAUCUCUUACCUUAAUCCCUAACCCAAGCUACCAACAUAGCUUCCCUCCCUUCCCUCUCCAACGACAACUGCUCAGCUAACCAAACAGAUGACAAACCAUUUUUUUUUAAAUCAUAUUUUAAACCUACCGAAUAAGUUCAUUUUAGAUGUAAAGAAAAUUAUA